AUGAUUGGACUACCAAAGGUUGGUAAAACAACCCUUGUAAAUCAGUUUUGUGGACUUCCAGUAAAUGAAGAGUACCAACAAACUGAACAAGAAAAUACAGUAAAUACAGUACUCACAAUUAAUAAAGUGGGAUAUAGAUUUACAUUUAAUGACUGUAAUGGAGAUACUUUUUUAAAUGGUCGAACUACUAAUAACUCCAUGCUUUCUAAAGGUAAAAUUCAUAUUCUUGUUGCUUCUAGAUCUGAAUCAGAUUCUGGAGAAUUUUUACAAGGUCAAUUUAGACCUAUGAAUGAUAAAGAUGAUGACAACAAUCCAUAUUAUAGAUUAGUGUAUGUAACACAUAGCGAUGAAAAUGAUGAUGACAAUGUUGUAGAAAAAAUUAAAUCUUUUCUUCCUGAUGAUGUAAAAUUGUUUCAAUUUAAUGCUUUAACUCAAAAAGAAGAUAUUCAAUCCUCUCUAACUGAUUUUUUAAAAAGAGCAGUUGUAGAGCAUCAAGAUUUAUUUGAUGGGUGUGUCGCUUCUAAUACCACUUCUAAUUCAAAAUCAGGUAAUGAACCUUCAAAAAAAGAAAAGAAAGGAAAGAAGUGUGUCAUGCUCUAA